AUGGAAGAGUUGAAUGAGACUCAAAAAAACAAAACAGGUUUAAAACAUAUUUUGUACAGUUUUAUAAUUAAUUGUCAGCAAACCAAACGUGUCGAACAAUCGAAAAGACAAUUUGUUUUAAAACAUUUAAAUAAAAAUAAAUUAAUUUGGGUAUAUAAACGCUUUUAUCAACUUGAUUAUCAUUCUAUGAGAACUUUAAUCUUCUUAUCAUUUACAGUAUUUACUGCUUUUUCAAAUGAAUGUAAACCACCUGUUAAAAAUUGCCAAUCAUGUAUGAUGGAUGAUCCAACAAAAUGUGAAAGAUGUAAUGGAG